ACAAAAAUAAACUACACGCUCUUUAAGAAAAGGGGGCACAUUUUAACCAGAUGCGGGGUAAUAAAUGGCUGAGGCGGUGUAACCCGCUGAGAAGUGAGCAUUUGCAUUUUAAAGUAGUAUAGAGGGGUGUGUGUGAGUGUGUGUGUGUGUGUGUGUGUGUGUGUGUUGAGAGGGGGGGAGGAGUGUUUAUAAUAAUGACAGGAGGGUUUAUGCAUUCGGGAAGCUCGGGGUUUGUGUUUUGUUCAAGUCUAGUCUUUUAAAGUGUUAAUUUUAUACACGCGCGAGACUCGUGUGUUCCGCCAGGAUAUAAAAGCGCGAGGGUUGGUCAAGUUUAAAAAGGGCACGGCUUUCCCUGUCACUCCUCACUCUCUACACCUUCAGUCACUCUCUACACCUUCAGUCACUCUCUACACCUUCAGUCACUCACUACACCUUCAGGUCUCACUUCUCCAGACAGUGACUGCGAGUGUGCGUGAAUAUGCAACAAGAAACCAGAAAACCUCCGCGGAUUUCUUCUUUUUCCAUCGCCGACAUCCUAGAUCCCUCAAAAUUCACAGGAAGGAGUCGGGAUGCACAAAGCGACAAACUUUCCGACUACAACAACAAGAGAAGCUGCGAUGAAUUAUCGGGUGAUGAAAGUGCUGAGGGGUCAGAUGACGUUUCAGCAGCUUCAGAAGUGAAAGAAGGCCCUCAUAUUGGCGGUAAAGUUAAAAUCAAGGGGCGGCGCAUGCGCACGGCAUUCACUAUGGACCAGCUGCACGUGCUCGAGCGCAGCUUCCAGAGCAGCCACUAUCUGUCGGUGUUUGAGCGCCACGUCAUCGCCAAGGCUCUGGAGCUGUCCGAGACGCAGGUUAAGAUCUGGUUUCAGAACAGGCGCACCAAGUGGAAGAAGGAGCAAGAGGGACGAGAGCUGGAGGAGCUAUACCAGUGCGCCACGAUUGCGCCGGUGGUUGUACCGACCACGCUGCCACUCAGUGCUGCCUCCUGCAACAGGUCGAGUCCGGUGCAUUUCUACUCGGCGAGGAACCUUCUGACCACUUAUCCCGCACUUAGGUUGCUCUGAGGCCAGAUUUGACUCGUGAACAACUAGGUUAAUUUUCAACAAGCCUUUGAAUUGAUUCUUCUUUUUUUUCUCCUUUUUUAUUCUUGAGAGACUGAAGUGAUUCAAAUCGGACAUUUUGGCAAUUUAUUUGCUCCUUUUAGUUUUAUUCUGAUUAUGUAUUUCAUUGUUUGCCAUUUUCUAGGCUAACAGGCAAAAACAUUGGUUUACAUGGUGUGUAUUAAUAGCAGUUAGCAUUCAAAAUAGUCUUAGCUAGGCUACCUUAUAUUACACAAAUGGGAGUUUCCACUUAGCAAAGAAAAUAGCUAGUUAUAACAUCAGAGUACCGCAGUAGUCAAAGUAGAUACAAUAUGGUGAAUGUGGGACACUUUUUUUUUUUGGGUAAAUGUUCUUGGAGACUAUAGACUAGAAGAACUAUAAUAAUAUUUUACAAUUCAUUUUAGGCCUCACUGAAAUAAAACAGCCCCAUAACCCCUCAAACUUAAGAUAACAUAGCCCUGUUUUUCACUAAAGCAUUUUGCUGUGACAUUUUAUUUUGCUGUGAAUUUCAAAUAUUUAAUCUAUCAAAUGUUUCAUUAAAACAAAGUGUUAUGGCAACAAUUCAACUACAAACAUGGCUGUUGGCAGAUAGUACGUGACAUAACCAGAUCUGUGAACCUGUGAAGAUCUGUGGAACCUGAAGUUUGGAUGAUGCUCUGUGUUGGUAAAUUGAACAUUUGCAUAGUUUGAUUUCCUUAGAAACAAAUCAGUAAAUAAGUCGUAACGCCAUGGGUAGUUUACUGAACGGGGUAAUACAAAUUGACCAGCCUGAGCAAGGAAAGAUGCUUGAGGUCAUUGUUUUUACAGAAAGUUAAUAUCGUAAUCUGUGUGUAUUUAAAUGUCAUGUAAUAUUUAUGUGUUUAAUCUGCAUAUUUAUGUCACAUUUUUAAUUCUGUUUUAAAUAUUUUGCAAGGGAGUUUAUGCAUUUUAUUUCUUUGUUUAAAAAAAACCCAUUAAAAUGUAUAUUUUUGCAUUCAGAUGUUUAUUUCUCAUUUGCCAUCCAAGCUACUUUUAAAUGACAUGAUUAACAUCACUGCAUGUGUUUCUUAGUGUACAUAACCGGUGAAUACAAUUUAAUAAAAUAAUAAAACACUUUAGCCUACGUACCUAUUUAGUUCUGAUAUUUAAUAAUGUAACCAUUUGUGAGAAGAGAGAGAGAGAGAGAGAGAGAGAGAGAGAGACAUGAACAUAUGGAGAGCAGCUCGUCAAGACAGACAGGAUAUCAAUGAGUCAAAUCAUUCCAGCACACAAAAUUAAGACAAAAAAUAUUUGAAAUGAUUCCAGAUGUAAACAGAGGGAGCACAUCUGUCUGCAAUCUAACAUGCAUUUUUUUUUUAUUAACUGCAGAUG